CUGAAACACUUUAAAGACGAAUUAAACCAGAGUGAACCAGAUUACAGGCUGAUGGCGGAGGACCUGAGAAGAGGAGCAGGCAUGGUUUUUGGAGGUCCUGCAGGUAAUGCAGAGGAAGAAGAGGACGACUCACCUCUAAUUUUAUUGAGUGUUUUGGUACAACAUGGGCAGGUGGGUCUUUGCUUCUAUGACAGCGAGGACUCAUCUUUACACUACAUGCUAGAUACUCCUGAUACUCACAAUCUCCAUCUGCUGGCCAGAGUUAUUCAGGCGAUUAGUCCCCAUGUGAUCAUUACAAGUGCAAAGAUGGAAUUUUCCAUGACUCGCUAUCUUCAUCAACUCGCAUCCAACCCACUCUACUCACCAGAGGUGGUAACUUAUCCAUAUGUUGACUUCGGUUUGGAGGUUGGCAAGCAGAGGCUUCUCUCUGCUCAUAUACCUUUCCUUCCAGGCAGCAUGUCAGAAAGAGACAAAAUGUCCUACCUUUCCUCCUGCAUUAGCUUUGACUCGCCCCUGAUGCUCAGGGCAGUGGGUGCUCUGCUGAAAUGUCUGGACAGGAGGAGAGUGGGAGUGGAGCUGGAAGACAGCAGUGUUGGAGUUCCAAUCCUACACUUCCAUGCCUACACACUUGAAGGUGUGGUGUAUAUUGAUAAAGACACCUACAGUGUGCUCCAAAUCUUCAAAUCAGAUCCGCACCCGUCAGUGUACAAGCUGCAUUCAGGUGAAAAGGAAGGUCUCAGUCUUUAUGGCAUACUCAACCGCUGCAGGUGCAAGUUUGGCUCCAGACUUCUACGUCAGUGGUUUCUGCGGCCGACACGGGACCUGGUAGUGUUACGAAGGAGGCAGGAAGUGAUACGUUUUUUUACCUCACCUCGGAAUUCAGAUGUCCUGAGUACCCUGCGGGCCUCGUUACGCAACAUCAGAAACAUACCAAGUCUUCUUCGCCGUAUGGCUCUCUCAAACACCAAAGUGACUGACUGGCAGAGCCUCUACAAGACGGUAUGCAGUGCGGUUUGUAUCAGGGAUUCAGUGCGUCAUCUCCCUCAGUCUAUUCAGCUGUUUCACGAUAUCAGUGAGGGGUUCUCUGAUGAUCUCCAGCAUAUUUCCUCUCUCAUCAGUCGAGUUGUGGAUUUUGAAACCAGUUCAGAGGAGAAUCGCUUCACCAUUAAACCAAAUGUGGAUCCUGCCAUCGACGAGAAGAAGAGGAGGAUGGUGGGGCUCUCCGACUUCCUGACAGAUGUUGCCAGAAGAGAGCUUGAACAGCUGGACCCACAAAUCCCUUCCUGUUGUGUCAUUUAUAUCCCUCUGAUUGGAUUCCUGCUCUCUGUUCCUCGGCUGCCUAGUAUGGUGGAGAAAGAGGAUUUUGAGAUGGAGGGCCUUGAUUUUAUGUUUCUCUCAGAGGACAGACUGCACUACCGCAGCCAGAGGACCAGAGAACUAGAUGACCUUCUAGGAGACUUGCACUGUGAUAUUCAAGACAUGGAGGUGGCAGUAAUGACACAGCUGCAGAAUGCAGUCCUGGAGAGGAGCAGCUCCCUCUAUCAGGUUCUGGAUCUCGCUGCUGAACUGGACUGUCUGAUGGCUUUGAGCUCGGCCUCUCAGGAGUACAGCUACACCGCACCCAAGCUUGCCAACCACAGGGAGAUAACAGUCACACAGGGCAGACACCCACUACUGGAGCUGUGUUCCCCCGUGUUUGUGGCCAACUCUUUCCACAGCUCUGAUUCAGAGGGCAGAGUCAAGAUCAUUACUGGCCCCAACUCAUCUGGCAAGAGCAUUUAUCUCAAACAGGUGGGUCUAAUCAUUUUCAUGGCUCUGAUUGGCUCAGACGUGCCGGCAAAAGAGGCAGAGAUCGGUCUGGUGGAUGGGAUAUUUACACGCAUGCAGAGCAGAGAGUCUGUGUCUGUGGGCCUCAGCACCUUCAUGAUAGACCUCAACCAGAUGGCUCAAGCUCUUAACAGCAGCACUGGCAACUCAUUAUUACUCAUCGAUGAAUUUGGAAAAGGAACCAACACAGUGGAUGGACUUUCCUUACUGGCCGCAUCAAUCUCUCAUUGGCUCAGAAAAGCUGUAGUGGAUGUUCCUCACAUUCUGCUGGCAACUAACUUCCACAGUCUGCUCCACCUGGGCCUGCUACCGUCCAGUAACCUGCUGUCUUUCCUGACCCUAGAGACAGCCAUGGAUGGAGAUGAGUUGGUGUUUCUGUACCAGCUAAAGGAAGGGAUGUGUCAGUCCAGCUACGCUGCCAACAUCGCAACACUGGCAGGCCUGCCAACUUGCCUUAUACACAGAGCAGUGGAGGUGUCUGAACACUACAGAACAGGGAAGCCCAUCAAGCCCGUAGAUAAAGCGUCAUCAGAUGAACAGGCUAAGAGGUGCACGUCUGUGGUGGAAAAGUUCCUGAGCCUCGACCUGGAGGACAAAGAUCUGGAUCUUCAGAGAUUCAUGAAAGAUGAGCUCCUACCCUCUGCUGGAGAGCUGCUGAAGCGCAGCUGAACACUGACGCUGCGGGGGUAAAUGUGAUUCUACAGCCUUAAUUCUUCAUUUUUUGAGUUGAGUUCCGGUAAUAGCGCUGAGGCAUCAGGGUAGAGUGAUACAGAAUACAUGACUUACACUUUAUUAUAUUAAAACAGAAACGUUUAUUAUCUUCCAUUUGAUGCAAAGGUUUGUGAUAAAGAUGUAAAAUACAUUUUUUCAGUUGAGUUCUGGUAAUAGCACAUAGGCAUCAGGGUAGAGUGAUACAGAAUACAUAACUUAUACUUUAUCGUAUUAAAACAGAAACAUUUAUUAUCUUCCAUUUGAUGCAAAGGUUUGUGAUAAAGACGUAAAAUAUAAAAUAGCUGUAUUGUUUGUGUAAGUGCGGUGUGGACAUUUGUACGUUGUCACUGUCUUAUUUAUUCACUAUUUAAAUGUUUAUGGGUUAUGUAAUACAUAUCUAUUAUUCUAUAAUUAUCUAGUAUCUCUAAAUUCAUUACUCACUGCAACAAUUUUGUUAAACUAGCAUUUUUUUUUUGUUCUUAACUAUAUGGCUUUUUCAGCACCACUUCACAAAGUCUUUUCCAACAGCGAAAACAAAUAAAUGCCAGUUUUAUUAUUAUCCUGUCGAGGCGUCAGUGAGGUGCCAGGUCGUAAAGAAGGCAGUGAACUGCAAAAGUGUGUAGAUUGAAAUUCUGCAUGCCGAGUUGCAGAAAGGUGUGUCACAACAGUGUUUGGUCAUGACGAAGAUGUUUUUCUUUAAAAAGACCUCCACUGUGGUCUCCACGUUACACUCCUCUUUUUUUGU